ACAUCGAUGCAUCAUGGUUUUCUCAUUCAAUUGUUUUCUCGCUAACAUAACCAAUCCCAAAAAAUAAAAUAAAGAAGAAAAUCCAAUCCACGCCCUGUUAAGAGACAACUGUGAAAAUCGUGGUAUAACCUUGUCGACACCAUCCUAGUUCCUAUAACAUAAAAAGGUCGAUGUUUUCGAGACUCUGGACCUCUCCGAAAGCCACCCAGUGACUGGAAAAGGAACAACCCAACGAGUACAUGGAUCCGUGCCCAUUCGUGCGGCUCAUGGUUGAGUCUAUGGCGCUGAAGCUUCCAUUAGCCACCAAACCUUCACCACUCUCAGGGGUUCAUCCUUCAACCACUCCUUGCUUCUGCAAAAUUCGCAUCAACAAUCUUCCCUCUCAAACCGCACUUCUCCCUCUCUGUUCCUCCACAGGAGACUCUUCUCCCGACACUACCACCUCCGCCGCCGGCUUCCACCUCGACUCCGCCGCUCUCCGGCGACUAUCCGCCAAGCCCCUCACCCUUCGCGUCGCCGUCUACACCGGCAGCAUGGCCCGCGCGUGUGGCGUCACCAGCGCCAAGUUGCUUGGCCGCGUUCUCGUCACCAUUAACCUCAACGAUGCUCUCUCACGCUCCAACACGUUCCACCAUGGCUGGCUCAAGCUUGGCUCUUCGGCCCGGCUUCACUUGCUCGUCCGGUCCGAAUCGGAUCCCCGGUUCGUUUUCCAAUUCGGAGGCGAACCGGAGUGUAGUCCCGUGGUUUUCCAGAUUCAGGAGAAUAUUAGACAACCCGUUUUUAGUUGCAAGUUCAGCGCUGAUCGUAACUCAAGAUCUCGGUCUCUACCCUCAGAUUUUACCAACAACCCAAGUAGAUGGAGAAGAACAUUAAAAGGAGUUAGAGAACGACAUGGGAGGGAGAGAAAAGGUUGGAUGAUAAUGGUUCAUGAUCUCUCUGGUUCACCUGUUGCUGCUGCAUCUAUGAUCACCCCAUUCGUCCCUUCCCCAGGUUCAGAUAGAGUAUCAAGAUCAAACCCAGGUGCAUGGCUCAUUCUUCGCCCCAAUGGUGCAUCUGUGAGUAGCUGGAAGCCUUGGGGACGUUUAGAAGCUUGGAGAGAAAGAGGUCAUGUUGAUGGUUUGGGCUACAAGUUUGAGCUUGUAACUGAGAAUGGACCUGUGAAUAGAAUACCCAUUGCUGAGGCCACAAUGAAUGUGAAGAAGGGUGGCCAAUUCUGUAUUGAUUAUAAAGUGAUGAGAGAUUCUGGGUUGGGUUCAAGGUUACCAGGAAAAGGGUUUGUGAUGGGUUCCACUGUGGAGGGUGAAGGCAAAGUUAGCAAACCUGUGGUGCAAGUUGGUGCACAGCAUGUGACAUGCAUGGCUGAUGCUGCUUUGUUCAUUGCACUCUCUGCUGCCAUUGAUCUUAGCAUGGAUGCUUGCCAACUUUUCUCUCAUAAACUUAGAAAGGAGCUUUGCCAUGAAGAACAAGUGUCAUUUCCAUAACCUGCUUGGAGUGAAUUAAUUGAAUUGUUGUUUUUGCAUUAAUUACAAAGUUCUUACUAUCUGCUGCAGUGACAGCCAAUGUGUUCCUUAGUACUUGGUACAUAGUUGGAACUUUGGUUUGAGCAUAGAUCCAUACACCUUCAAUUAAUCAAGUCUUCUUGUUUUGUUGGUUCAACUUUGAGGUCGAGUUAAAUUAGGAGAGUUGUUAAUUUUAAUUGCAUUUUUUUUUGUAGUGAACUGUACAGACAAACCACAGGCAAAUGUCUGUUUAUAUAUCUUCAUUUUUUAUUUAUUU